AUGGAGGAUCUAGUGUGGGUGUGGAGGAUCCAGUGCUGGUGUGGAGGAUCCAGUGCGGGUGUGGAGGAUCCAGUGCAGGUGUGGAGGAUCCAGUGUGGGUGUGGAGGAUCCAGUGCUGGUGUGGAGGAUCCAGUGUGGGUGUGGAGGAUCCAGUGCUGGUGUGGAGGAUCCAGUGCGGUUUUCAUAACCCAGGAGGAAGCACACAGUGUCCUACCCAGGCAAAGGCGUGCCAACUCCUUCAUGGAGGAGCUCUGGCCGGGCUCCCUGGAGAGAGAGUGUCUUGAGGAGAAGUGCUCCUUUGAGGAGGCCCAAGAGAUCUUCAAGAGCCCCGAGAGGACAAAGCAGUUCUGGAUUAUUUACACAGAUGGGGACCAGUGCGCCUCGAAUCCCUGCCAGAACGGGGGCACCUGCGAGGACCACCUCCAGGCUUACAUCUGCUUCUGCCUCCUGGACUUCGAGGGCCGGAACUGUGAGACAAACAAGAAUGAGCAGCUGAUCUGUGCAAAUGGAAACGGUGGCUGUGACCAAUACUGCACUGACCAUCCGGGGACCAAGCGCACCUGCUCCUGUCACGAGGACUAUGUGCUCCAGCCGGAUGAGGUGUCCUGCAAACCGAAAGUUGAGUAUCCGUGUGGAAAAAUACCUGUUCUGGAAAAAAGAAAUUCCAGCAGCCCCCAAGGCCGGAUUGUGGGAGGCAAGGUGUGCCCCAAAGGGGAGUGUCCAUGGCAGGCUGUGCUGAAAAGCAGCAGGACAUUGCUGUGCGGGGCCGUCCUAUUGGACACCACAUGGAUAGUGUCUGCGGCCCACUGUUUCGACAGUAUCCCGAGCUGGAGGAACAUAACAGUGGUGAUGGGUGAGCACGACUUCAGUGAGAGGGACGGGACCGAGCAAGUGCGACGGGUCAUCCAGGUCGUAUUCCCUGACAAGUACGUCCGGGGCAAGAUCAACCAUGACAUUGCCCUUCUUCGCCUCCACCGGCCUGUGACCUUCACUGACCAUGUGGUACCCCUGUGUCUGCCGGAAAGGGCCUUCUCUGAGAUGACCCUAUCCAGAAUCCGCUUCUCAAGGGUCAGUGGCUGGGGCCAGCUGCUGGACCGUGGCGCCACAGCCCUGGAGCUCAUGGCUGUCGAAGUGCCCCGGAUGAUGACUCAGGACUGCCUGGAGCACGCCAAGCACAGUCCCGACACGCCCCAGAUCACCGAGAACAUGUUCUGCGCUGGCUAUAUGGACGGCACUAAGGACGCCUGCAAGGGUGACAGCGGUGGGCCACACGCCACACACUACCGUGGCACAUGGUACCUGACAGGUGUGGUCAGCUGGGGGGAGGGCUGUGCCGCUGUCGGCCACAUCGGGGUGUACACCAGGGUCUCCAGGUACACGGAGUGGCUGAUCAGAGUCAUGAACUCCAAGCUCCAGGUUGGGAUUCAGCGAGUCGAACUAAUCUAGUUCCUUGGAUAGCCCAGCCUUUCUGAAGGAGGGAAUUGCUGCUGUGGGGAUGGUGCUAUGUAUCAAAGCCUAUUGACUCUCCUGCUGUUCCUGGGGAGGGGAAGGAGAAAGAGAUAAA